ACCGCCCGAGUGGCUGGGCUGCCACAAAACAAAUGGCAAAACAAAGCAUCCCGCUGCUGAAUCAGUGACGCCGGAAGACACAACAGGGGUGCUCACCCUCAGAGGUCUCCCUUGAGAGUCGCGACGACGCGCAGCUGAAAGUGGGUUGCGGCCAGCUAAAGGACGGAAGGGGAUGAGCCGCGAAGGUUGAAGGAGUCCGGCUGCUUGCUGCGUGUGUGGGCGUCGAGACGAGGAAGAGGAACUUAAACGAGAGUGACAUCACCGCACGCACGGCCCACGGCUGCAAUGCUGGGCCCACUGCUCCUGCUGCUGCUGGCCGGGCCGUUGACGGCCGAGGUCGAGCAGACGAUGCCUCUGGAGGUAAAAAAAUGCUGUGACAUCGGCUCAAUUAUGCGGUCGACCAUGGACCACGCUGCUCAGUGCGUGGCGGACAAUGAGACUACACAGUGGGCGCCGGUCUUCACCUCUGAGGAUGGACUGCGUACCAGCAUCCACCCCAAAGGUGGCUUCAAUGUUCUAGCGCCCUCCUUGCCUUUGUGCAACUCAACCAGGGUAUGGCCCAUCUUCCACUACUUUGACUCGGAGGACAGACUCGUUCUGCUCGAGACCGGUUGGCUUCGGCACUACAUCGACAGGGAUAUGGGUGAACGCCACUAUGACUACGAGCCUAGAUUGUUUUGCAUGGAAAAGUACAUUGGAGAAACGGGCCUUGAGGCUCAAAUGGCGGUUGUCUGCGCUCCCAAGGUUGAAGUCAACACUGAAGUGAAGCAGCUGAUUAUGUACUUACUCGACCCGAUCUUCCAUGGCAUCAACAUGGUCCUCCUCCUGAUCACAGCCAUAAUCUACUUUAUUUUGCCCCAGCUGAGAGAUCUUCUGGGCAACUUUGUCACCAGCCUUUGCAUGUGCCUUAUUGUUGUUUACGCUGCUGACCUGGUCAGACUAUACCGUGGCUUCAGCGAGCACGUUAGCUUUCUUGCUGCCGAUAUUGUCUUCUAUGUUGGUCUUUUGGCUACUUUCUUCUGGCUGAACAGUAUGGGCUAUUACAUAUGGAAAACUUUUAGGUCUCGAAAUGUCUUUUUGCGGGUUACUGACAAACGAAAGUACUGCUAUUACUCGUUUUACGUCUGGGGAUCUACUCUGUCAAUGGCCGCAAUCGCGCUAUUUUGCCACUUUGUUUUAGAUCUGAGCAACACAAACAUUCCAAUGUCACAGAGGCAAUUAGGUUUCCUCGGUCUUUCUAUGUUUUUCCUUCCCAUUGCGUUUAUUGUCCUAGUCAACGUUUUCUUUUAUGUGACCACUGCCCAAGCCAUAGCCCGAAUGACCACAUACGGUCGAAUUCACCACAAAAUGAAAUACAAUUUUAACAUGUUCAUCCUGCUCUUCACAAUCCUCACCCUGGCCUGGAUCUGCAAACUGAUGAGUCAACUGCCUUAUGACACGCUCAUCUACAUCGAUGUCUUUGCCAUGCUGGCCCAGGGAGUGUUGGUUUUCGCGGUCUGUGUGUGCCAGCCGAGAGUCAUGUACUUACUGAGGAGGCAUUUUGGGUCAGAAAACUGUCUCUUUUCCUGCUGCAGGCCUCCAUCAGAACCCACGCACACGUUUGACGGCGACUGGGGCGAAGAGAUGAUGAGCAUGCAUCCCAUGUAGUCAUGACUUGGUUCUUCCAAUAUUUAUUUGAAAUGAUUUUAAAAUUGUAACUUAUUAUUUCGUUUGGAACAUGGUAGCUUAAUACUCAUGUCAUGCAAUUAUUUGGUAUUCUUGUCGAAUCGGACAAUAAGAGUUUUUAACUUUGAACUGAGACUUAAAGAAUUUCAAAUGGUCUGAAAGCAAUCCAUGCAUUUUGAUUGUUAAUUUGUACUUACGUAAUCGCAAGCGAUCUAUCCAUUUUAAAAUUAUUGCUUUGUCCAGUCUCCGCAUCACUUUUGAGAUGUUUUGUAGCGUGACACAGAUUUUGCUGUUCCCCGCCGACCAAUUUCGUGCAGCAUGCAUUGUAGUCAAUAAUUAUGGAAACGAUGACACAACAAGCUGUUCAAACAAAUAACCAUAUUUUGCUAUCAGCUGUAAAAGGAAAAUAAAAUAUUUUUGUGAGUAUAAUGUUCAAUAAAUUAUCAAGUUGUAUUUUAA